AUGUCCGGCUUUGAGACGGUACCCGGUGCCUCUGUCCAAGGAACCACCACGGCAGUGCCUGUCCAACCCGUCGCCGUGGCGGUCACGCACGACAAUAUCGAGUAUGAAGGCACUACGACCUUCGCACCGCAGCUGAUGCAGAUUUACCGCUAUUCGCUCUCUUUGAAGAGCUGUACGCUCCGAGCUUGGCUCGAGAACUGCGACAACAAGAAGCAAUGGAGCAUUGUUCUUGUGGAAUACGUCGACGCGACCAACUACAUACCGAAUGUAGGCGUUCUCGACUACAUUGAGUCUACAAAAGAUGAUCGGCUGCGGCUGGAAUUCUCGGUCAAUAUUCAAGCGAUGCUGCACCCUCGCGUGCUGACCUAUGUAUUCAAUCUGGAGCCGAUCUCAGUGGAGCGAAUCAAUGUACUCGAGGCCAAGCUGCGCGACUUACAGGACGAGGUGCAGCAUCUUCGGCAUGGCGCUGGGGCAGGUUUCGUAGUGGUGGAGCUACAGAACUCGGUCGUCUCUAAGGUUGCGAAGCUGGUCGUAGAUAGCAGCGCAGCGGACGGCGGCGUGGGCGAGCGUCGUCGCAUCACACAACACAUCUGGUGGAGCGCAGCUGCCGAUACGUACGUCAACCCGGAGGCAUGUUCAGGCGUCUGCGUGAACACGAACGAUCCGAGCAUCAUCCGUCGCGCUGAUGGCACGUACUUCCGCUUCUCGACGGGCGAUGGCAUCGCCGUUUACUCGGCGCCAAAAAUCACUGCCUCCAAGACCUCAUCCAGCAUGGUUCGCGCUAUCCGCCCCCCUCGCCCUACCUACAUGAACUCCCAAGUCUCGGGGUUUUACUUCCGCCCGUGUCGCAACAAGAACGACGAGGUGAUUCUCGAGUAUUUCCGUUGCCGUUGCGGCACGUGCUUCCGUGAGUUACUGAAUCGAGCUGUCGAAGACGCAAGUGAGCUUCCACGAUCUCUGCAGAGCACAGAGGAGAGCCAUUUGCAGCAGGAAUUCUCGGUCAAGAUUCAAGCGAUGCUGCGCCCUCGUAUGCUGACGUACGCGUUCGACUUGGAGCCGAUUUCGGUCGAGCGGGUUGAUAUUCUCGAGGCCAAGCUGCGCGACCUACAGGACGAGGUGAAAGAUCUCCGAAGUGACGCGGCAGUCAACACGAUAGUAGCAGAGCUGCAAGACGUGGUGAAGAAGCUUCAACGUGACCUGUCGGAACGCGAAGUCGCGGAUGCUGAUCUUCGAAACCAAGUGGGGUCACUUCAAACUGAGCUAAUCACUGCAUCGGAAGAACUGAAGAACCUCCGGCAACAUUUGUCAGGUCGCGAAGAAGUGAUUUCGAGGUUGCAGAACGACAUCGAGGGGCUCGAAUCAGCUGCAGAGCGUCAUGAGACCAUUCGGUUGGAGGCAACUUCACGCAUAACGUAA